UAAAUAAACGGGAUUAGCGAAGCAAGCAUAGGCAUUAUCAAUUUUUUUUCCAGAUCCUGCCAUUAUUCUUGCUUACCAAAAUGGGUUGCGCAUGCUCAUCAAUUCUAUUCAGAUGAUUGGGGUUGAAAAUAAUCAAGUCAAAAAGGGUACAAUCACAGUGGGUGAUCAUAAUAUUUAUCCAAAAUAAAUAGCAGUUGUAGCAGUGGUGAUAUACCUAGGGCGAGUAUAUGUCUUGAUGAUCAAGAAAUAAUGGUUUUGUGGUUCAGAUGUAAUGAAAUUAUCCCAGGAACAUCUCUCGGAAUUUUAUUUAUAGCUGUUAUAUUGGGAAUAUACUUCUUGCAACUCGAACUCUCAGGGUUUCCUGCCAAAGACAGAAUUUGCAGAAUGGCAUCUAAUUACACAGAAAAUUUAGAACAGUUUAAAGAAGAAAAGCAUAAAGCGUUUGUUGUAGGGUAUACAGGGGAAGUUGGAAAAGAGCUGUUAAAGCAGUUAGCAAGCUCUAAUUUAUAUGAAAAGGUUGUAUUAAUUGGUAGAAGAGAAGUCCCCCCAGAGAAGAUACAUGGUGUUGAGUUUGAGCAAAGAGUGGUAGAUUUUGAAAAGCUAAAUGAACAUGCUGAUGCAUUCAGUGAUCUUGAUGUCGGAUAUUGUUGCCUAGGAACUACGAAAGGAAAAGCAGGAACUGAUGGAUUUAUAAAAGUUGAUUUUGAUUAUGUGUUAUCUGUGGGGCAAACAGCUAAAAGUACAGGUUGCAAACACUUUUCUUUGGUGUCAUCGCAGGGAGCUAGUAAAGACAGUGCAAUGUUGUAUACAAGAAUAAAGGGCCAGAUAGAAGAAGCCUUAAAAAAUCUGCAGUUCAAUAGAUUAUCUGUUUUUAGACCUGGGGUAAUUAUGUGUGAACGAGAAGAAAGUCGACCAGCAGAAGCAGUUGCCAGAACAUUACUAAAACCAAUUGCAUUUUUCUUUCCAACAGCUAUAACAACACCUGUCGGUUACGUAGCAACAGCCAUGAUCAACAAUGCCUUGUCCAAAACUGAUAAAACAUAUGAAUUAUAUGAAAAUAAGGCAAUACACGAACUGGCAAAAAUGGCUGAGGCUCCAAAAGGAUGCAAAUCAAAAAAUUGAGGGUACAUUGCAUGCAUUUCAUUUAAUUAAUGGCAAUUGCUGUGUUAAAUUUUAUAAAUUUUGAUCAUAUUUGAGUGUCUUAUCAUACCAUUUUUGAGUAAAAUUGGUUGAAUUAAUAUGCAUAAUUAUACUAAAAGAUUCUAAAAGAUUCUCAAUGAUUCUCUUUAGGAUAGUAGUAGUAAUUGCACAAGUUUGAAAAUUCUGUAGUUUUAGUUUUUAGAGGUAAAAUAUUACUAAUACCUUUUAUACCGGUAGCUUGUAUAACAUAUAGAUGAUAUCAAGCCUGUGCAAGAAAUUGAGAAAUAUGUAGACAUAACUGCACACUGAUCUGUAAUAUACAGUGACUGCCCAGAAACUAUAUAUUAUCAUAUUCAAGAUCAUCAUUUAAAAUUUGAAACACUUACCCACUUAGAGUAAGGCACUUAGCCUGAACAUCUGCUGAAUAUCUUAAAAAUCAUCAUAGGCUGUAUAAUUAGAUAUGAAUUGCAUCUCACCAAUUUAUAGCCAAAUCUGUAAUAUGACUUCAUUAUGUAGAAAUAUGUGAAUCUUUACUAUUACUAUAAGGUCAGAAAAUUAAUUAGAUUCACAUUUUGAUUGUAAAUUGAUAUUAUUUACAUUAUGUACUUUAAAACUAUGCAUUGUUUUUACUUUUUUUUUAUUGUUGUAUUAAUCUUGACUUGUGCUAUAUGUUUUAAUGAACUAUUCAAAUUAUCAGAAUUGUACUUUAAAGAUAAUAUUAGGAGUUUUCCUUUCUCCGAUAGAUCAUUUCAAACAAUUAACUUUUUUUUUUUUUUUGUUAAAAUAUUAGAUAUUGUUACAGGUGGACUUGUUAUUCCUUCUUUUCCAAAACAUUCCCAUAAAUGAUAACUAAAUAUAUUAAUUCAAAUUAAAAGGUAGUGAAAAGCCAGUGAAAAUGUAAUAUUUAAUGUGAAGACUGUGGUUAUCAUGAAAAAGAUAGAAUAAUUAGUUUAGUUGUCUGAGACACAUAAAGUUGGUGGUGUGAAAUCAAUAGUAAUCUUUAUGUUUCAGUAAUGAAGAAUGCUGGUAAUAACAUGGGCCAUAUUAAUAAUUAUAUAAUCUAUUAUAAGGUCUAUUAUAAGGUCCUUUGUAAAUAAUAAGCCAACUUUUUAGAUAAAAAAUAUUGUGACAAUUCUUUAACCAAGGUGUUCAGGCAACUAAUCUCAAUAAAUUUGCUAAUAUUUGUGAAAAAGUAUUAUUGUACUUUGUAUUUUAUUUAUGUUUUACGGAAUGCUUCAACAUAUUUAUAUUGUAUUUAUUUAACUGUUAAUUUAAUACUAGUAAAAAUAUUCUCUUUCCAUACAUUUUAUAGUCAAGAUUUUUUUCAGUAUUUGGUGAAUAAUGUUAAGGAGUGGUUUGAACCCAUAAAUAUACAUAAAAGGAGUAGUAUGGAACUUCAGGUGUUGCCUUCAAUUUGAAAACUUAAUCAUCAUAUUGUUACUUAGUACCAUAAUCUAAAGCAAUGUGGUUUAACAUCCUACUUUUCUAAACCAACUGAGCUAAUGAAGACGGAGACCUGCUAUUUGGAGACAUUGCUAUGUUAAAUUUAUGUUAAUAAACAUAAAUACUAAAAUA